AUGGAUACUAAGAUUGGGUCCAAACUUCGUCGUCGACCUCCUCCCCUUCAGAUAUCGGGUGGUUUUGAAGCUGCCACUUUGUCACCAGGCCUGGCUUCAGCAACGUCCAGCUUGGGCUUCGGAGGCCUCUUGACUCCAAAGACUCCCACUGACCGACGUAAGCAUUCACUCCUAGGCGUUGAUAUCAAGGGCGGUUCUUCCCCGAUUGCGAUGCGUUACAACCCUGCCGCACCCACAACACCGGGCGUUCCCCUGCCGGAGGCGCCAGCGAGCCCGACAUCACCGUAUUCACCAACAGCGGCAGAGUUGCCCGGUUCACUGCUGUUAGCAAGCCAAGGUUUCCCGCAAACAAACCCCAUAUCACCCCCGCCGUCUCUGCGAUUGCUUCGCAGGACCACUGAUGAUUCCAUCAUAAGUUCUGUGCCAACACUCUCAACCUCCGCGUCUACCGAUGACGAUGACGGGACAAUGGAAGCUCUGCGAAAUCUGACCACCCCUUUGAGAAAGCACGAUCGAUCUGCUCAUAGCACCAUGCCUUCUUACACCAUCGGCAGCCGCGUCCCUGCAGAUGCACACAUCACGCAGCCAUUCACUGCAAUGACCAUCGAGGAGUUGCUGGAUAAACUGCCCGAAUGCGACCAUGUGACCAUAUCCCAGCAUUGGCUUCCCGCUAUGCGCAAUCAUCUACAGCAGAUGACGAGUCUGCUCAACGAGGCAUGCGACUUGAAGCUCGAGUCAAGCGUCAGCCAAGUAAACCUGAGUAGCGUGAGAGGUGCGAUCUUCGGAGAUUCCCCUAGCACUAACAUUGCUCAGGCACUCAAAUCCUUCUCCGAUCAACUGCGCAUGAUCACUGCCGAGUAUCGCAAAAUCGUCGAGUCCGCGGAGUCGCUUGCUGAGCGUGAUACCAAGGCCUCUCAUGAACAACUAAAUGAGCUCGAAGGACAGGUAGAAGAAGCUUUGCAGAAGAUGGCGGUGAAAGACAAGAAGAUUGAAGACAAAGACCGCCGAAUCUCAGAACUUCGAAAUACCGUUCACGAAGUCACCCGCCUUCUGGGUACGUUCAUCCAAAACAACAUCCCUAGUUGGGUCGAUACCAUCCGCGAGCCUAGGACUGUACAAGUUCUUCGAAUCAUAGACGACUACACACGCAAUGAGCCCCACGGGUCUGUCGAUUACGUUCGCGUCGCUGAGGACACCCUGGAUAAAUACGUUGGAGAUUUACGCGAAGCGCGCAGCCUCAUUGGAGAAUAUCGCAAGGUAUUGCAUGGUCAGGGAGCCAUGAUCAGAGAUCAAACCAAAAGCCUUGACGCAACCGUGGACAAGUACGGGAAAGCAAUCAGACUCAUACAGGAAAAGGAUCACGAAGUAUUGCUUCUUGUGCAACAAAACAAUGAUCUGAGCAAACAGCUACAGGAAUGUCGAGCCGCAUUGGCCGAGGACCAACAGGCGCGUUCAGAAUCGGAGAAGAUGGCUCGAAGAUACGAAGAGCUGCGAGGGGCCAUGAUUAGCUUGCAAACGAGCCACACCCUGGAAAUCGAUCAACGCGACGCCGAGAUAUUGAACCUUCGUCAAAAGCUGGGUAGUGCCCGCGAGGAGGUUUUCGCGCGACGAGAGGACGUCAAAAAUGUCAUGUCCCAAGCUCACGCCAUGCUACACGCGUCGACCGACUCAAUCCCAGUGGCUGCUAAGAACAGCAACACCUCCAAAGCUUUGAGAUUCUUCGGAAUGGAGAGAGACAAAGAAAAAUACAGGAAGGGCAUCCCCACAAGCCAUAGCAUGAUCGGACUUCCCUCAUCAGAUUCGAGGUUCUCGUCCAAGGAGGUGGCCACCGCCGUCGACCGGACCGCACUUCGCCACCGACCUUCUCUGCAGGCGCAUACAAAUCCACGAGCACUGACGACGCCGAACACACCAAUUGACAGCUCUCAACGUCCGAAGGAGCCCCUCUUGACAGCACCAACGACUAGGCAGCGCUCCGACUCACUCGGUGCAACACAGCGACAUGGCGUUCUAAAUGCAUCUCCCAUUGACAGCGACAAGUCGCUUCCUUACCCACCAGCCCAUCCGAGGCCAUAUCUUCCAGCGGCUCGAGUUGCCGAAAUUGCUCCAUCCAUUGAGAGCCCUCUCGCCGCCCAGAUCACGUCGGAUUAUCUCAAGGAAGGAAUCAUGGGACAAACCGCUGCCCGGCGUGUGCUAAGCAAAAUCACCGAAGUCUCAUCUCCGGCCAGUACUCUCCAGACGGAGCGAGUCCCAGAUGAAAAUCAAUCGGAUCACAGCGUCGCCAGCAGCGAUCGUGAAGCUUACCGCAGAAGCAUAUGUGCAUUGGAUAUAUUGAACUCCUCAAGUGGACUACCCUACAGCGAGAUUGAAACAGACAUUGAACGAAUCAUCCGUGGUGGACAGCCGAGAAGUCCACCAGAGCCCAACUCCUUUCAGUCCUACUCGGGAUUCGAAGCCAACGACAACGGGGAGAGACAGCGGCGGCAAGACGAGUAUGACGAAGAACAAGUUUACACAGGUGUGGCACGUGUCCUUCACCUUCGACCUGGCACCCGGGACCUCAGAGGAGCAAGCGCAAGAUCAAGCGAAUCAGAACAUCAUAGUUAUGAGAGCGAUUUCGGACGGGAAGGGAGACGCGAGAGAUUUCGGGAGAGCAUGGUGAGCAACGAAUCGGGGUAUCGCACCGAAGACUCGGAACCAAAGACGGUGGCUCAGAUGUAUCAUCAGGGGAGACGACAUAUUCGGGGUUGA